AUGGCGAUUGACCCUAAGGACCCAGACGGCGACUCUACCAUGACCUCUUCCGUCGAUUCCAUCCGGCCCGACGACGGCGCUAGAGCCGGCGCUCGCACUCCAACUGGCACCGCCCAAGCUUCCUCGGCCGGCGUUGACGUAUCGGAGCUUUCCCCUCCUGGCUCUCAGACAAAGCAAGAAGCUGGAGUCUCUGCUGGUGGCAUUGGGGCUGCGCUGGAACAGCGCGGAGGAGAGUCUGCGGAGAAAACGGUUGACUCAAAUAUCGCGGCGUGGAAGAGCAAGCGUGCUCAAGAGGAAUAUCAGCGUGCUAUGGAGUAUGUCAUUGAUAAAGAUUUCACGCUAGAUGAAUUCGGGGAUCCUUUUGAUGAACGUGACUUAGCAGAGAAGUUGCUAUGA